UGAUUGUGUUGUAUGAUUGUACACGAAUUUUAUUUUAGGGGUAUCAGCCACAUUCAGGCUGAAUUGGUGUUAAAUUAGAUUAAUUUAACAUCAAAUUGUGUGGCUAUUCCACGUUAUAAACAUAAAAUUCUUGUAUGCAAUAUACAAGUUAACCUUAUAAGUGUUAUGAGAAUAUCAGUGUUCGUGCUAGAUUUUGUCGUAUUGUAGUUAGUUUUAGUGGUUAAACAUGAGUUAUAAUUCGGGUGGGAGUGGGAGCAAGGGCUUCGGGUUCGCCGGGUUCGCGAUGCCGAAGCGAAACCCGUCUAAUGUGUCCCUACACGCCGUGCCGCCUCCGUCGUCGCAGAUGAAUGCGGUGCCGCCGCCAAGCUCGGGGCUGUCCAAACAGGGUUACUCUACUAUGACAGCGAUAACUCAAAACGCUGUGACGGGCAACUGGGGUACAUUGGGCAAGAAACGCUCCAAGACUGAGGAUGAAUACUUUGAUGAGGAUGAUGAACCCCCAACCCCAGCGUUGGCCUACAUCCCAGCACCAGGCAGCCCAACCUAUGAGGCGGCUGCCAGAGCUAAGCAAGCGGAAGAAGAAGAAGAAGAUCCCCUGGAUGCCUUCAUGGCGGGGCUGGAGCAGCAGGCCGCCAAGGACCUGGUGCAGAGCAAGGAGAACGCGUGCAAGACGGACUCGGGCCGCGGCGCCAGGAACGACAUAGACGAUAUGGACGACGAGGAAAGCUACUACAAAUACAUGGAGGACAACCCGCUCAACAACGCCGACGACGGUUCCGACGUCGAAAUAGAGUACGAUGAGGACGGCAACCCCCUAGCACCCCCCAAGAAGAAGUUCAUUGACCCCCUACCCCCCAUAGACCACUCUGAGAUAGAAUAUGAACCGUUUGAGAAAAACUUCUAUACGCCUCAUGAAGAUAUUGAGAAGUUAGAUCAUCAGCAGGUUGAGGAUUUGAAGAAAACACUUGGGAUCAAGGUGACAGGCCCAGACCCUCCCAAGCCUGUAACCAGCUUCGGCCACUUCGGAUUCGACGAGCAACUUAUGAAGGCGAUCCAGCGCUCAGAAUACACGCAACCUACUCCUGUUCAGGCUGCUGGUGUACCCGCUGCACUCUCUGGAAGGGAUCUUAUUGGUAUCGCUCGUACGGGUUCAGGUAAAACAGCAGCUUUCCUCUGGCCUUUACUGGUCCACAUUAUGGACCAAAAGGAGCUCGCGCCAAACGACGGCCCCAUCGGCCUUAUACUAGCACCCACCAGAGAAUUGGCACAGCAGAUUUACAUGGAGGCGAAGAAGUUCGGCAAGGUGUACAACAUCAGAUGCGUGUGCUGCUACGGUGGCGGCUCCAAGUGGGAGCAAACCAAAGCUUUGGAGGGUGGCGGUGCUGAGAUAAUAGUGGGUACGCCGGGGCGAGUCAUCGACCUCAUCAAGUGUAAAGCGACCAACCUCCAACGCGUCACCUACCUAGUGCUUGACGAAGCUGAUCGCAUGUUCGACAUGGGUUUCGAGCCCCAAGUCCGUUCGAUCUGCAACCACGUGCGUCCGGACCGGCAGGCGCUGUUGUUCUCGGCCACGUUCCCGCGGCGCGUGGAGCGGCUGGCGCGCGACGCGCUGCACGACCCGGUGCGCGUGCAGCACGGCGCCGCCGGCGAGGCCAGCGCGCUCGUCACGCAGCGCGCACAUAUAUUCAACAAGCCGGAGGAGAAAUGGACGUGGCUCCUGAACAAUCUAGUCGAGUUCCAGUCUGCGGGCAGCGUUCUAAUAUUCGUCACUAAAAAGCUGGAAGCGGAGCAAGUGGCAGCAAAUUUGGGUGUCCAGGAAUACGACGCGUUAUUACUACACGGGGACAUGGAGCAAGCCGAUCGUAACAAAGUCAUCACGGCGUUCAAACGACAGGAGGUCAACAUUCUCGUCGCUACUGAUGUUGCUGCUCGCGGUCUCGACAUCCCACACAUCCGCACCGUCAUCAACUACACUGUAGCGCGCGAUGUGGACACACACACGCACAGAGUGGGUCGAACCGGCCGCGCCGGCGUCCGCGGCGACGCGUACACCUUACUGGAGCGAGCCAAGGAUAGGGACUUCGCCGGGCACCUGCUUAGGAACCUGGAACAGGCACAACAGGAGGUCCCUGAAGACCUGAUGCAGUUAGCGAUGCAGUCCGCGUGGUUCCGCAAGUCGCGCUUCAAGAAGGGCAAGGGAAAGAAUCUGAACAUCGGGGGCUGUGGACUCGGAUAUAAGGAGCGGCCAGGUCUACCAGCGCAUACAGAUGAGCCGACGGUGGCGCCCCCUACAGAGAAGGCGGGAGGACCCGCUACGGACCGUCUUUCUUCGCUCAAGCAGGCUUUCCGCUCGCAAUAUAACCAGUUCACGGCCUCGUCCGACCACUCCUGGGAGCAGACGCUGCAGAGCAGCAUCCAGCCCGGCGUCAACGCGCCGGCGCGGCAGGAAGACCGCGUGCGCAAGAGCGGCAAGCGCAGCCGCUGGGAGUAGCGCAGGGCACUGUUCUCGGACCGAUAUUCUUCCUUCCCUCUUAGGAGUA